AUGGACGACGCCGGCCUGGUGAUCGCCGCCGCGUUGACAGGCGGAAUCUUCGUCGUGUUGCUCGUCCUGCUCGUCGUCGUCCUUGUCCGGAGGCGGUGGCUGGACCGCGAGGGCGUGGCGUCCGGCCGCGGCUUCGUCCUGUUCGGCGUCUGUUGCCAGGACGGCACCCAGGGCCGGUUCGUCCGGACGUCGUCCCUGGCCAGGAGCCGGCAACGGGCGGCGCGCGGCGGCGAGGAGGCGGAUGACGAGCCGGACGAGGGCGAGCUCGAGAGGUGGAAGAAGAUGUUCGGUGGGCCCACUAGGUGCCUGUCCACGAUAGAGGAGGCCACGGAGAAGGGCACGUCGACGGUGGCAACGCCGGCGUUCUGCUCGCCGGCCGCGUCGCCCGACCGAAGAGACGCCAGGGCUGUGCAGACGGCGUCUGCCGGCGUGCUCAAAAGUUGA